GGCGCCCGAGACGUAUUAUUCGUGUGCCUCACCCCUAGAGUUCCGCGCUAAAAUCAAUUUUUUCCUUGAUUUUUUUUAAUUCACGCGACGAAUUCGCCGAAAAGGGAAUGCUUGAUGUCUUCAUCUACCAUGUCUCUUUUUUCCCUUUCGCUCUUAAGGCUUUAUCUUCUACACUGAUACGAUAAUGACAUUAAACUUUUAAGAUAACAUUCAAUCUUUAAAAGGAACAUCAAUUGAAAGGUCAAACGCAAGAGACUCGCAGAGCUAACAACAUCCUUUAUAGUUUGUUCGUUCAACUUCCACUGAUAUUAAGCCUCCGUGAUGCGUAGGUCCUCACAAAUGUGUUGGAAAUGCAAAUUUUGUAAAUUGAAACUGUCAGAUUACGCGAUUUACUUAAGUUAUCAAAUAAUAAAGAUUACAAUUCUUUUCCAUGUUGAACAUAAAAGGAUAUCGCCUUACCCUGACAGACUGUCGACAGAAAGGAAACUGUGAAGUCAAUUCUUGAGUAAACUUUGACUCUGUCAAGUCAUGCAUGAACUUAAUUUAUGCGUUUGAGCGCUCAUGCCAGCUGUAAGUGGGCGAGUACUAACUGCGAUGGUUAAAAAUAAGUUGGUUAAACGUGACUGCUCUCUCAGUUCUAAUCUCGGUCUAAGCUUUUUAUGACUUCAAUGGAGCUUUUCAAUGGAUAUUUUCAGAUUUCAAGGACAACCAGUAAGCAAUAUAAGAGUCGACACAAAUUUUCUUGAUUCGAUGAACAACACAGCUCUCAACGCGACAAGUUUCCCUCUGUGUCCAAGUCUACUGAUGAAGGUUACAAGCACUCCUUACACUCCAAGUGCUACAGCUCAGACUGUAACCAUACUAACAUGUAUUGUAAACGGAAUUUCAUGUCCUGUGGCGAUUGGAGAGAAUCUUCUGGUCUUCAUGGUGAUUUUAAAAAAACGCAGUUUACGAACAACUUUUAAUACUUCUGUUCUUUGUCUGGCAGUUACGGAUCUUCUAAUUGCCAUGUUUAUUCAGCCUGCCUUCAUUGCGUAUCAGAUCGGAAAGUUUAUAAACAGUACUUACCUGUGUGUUCCUUACUUUAUAAAGACCGUGUUCGAGUUUUGGUGUGUUGGUUUAUCGUUCAUUACUCUUGGGCUCAUAACUUUAGAGAGAUACUUUGCCGUGUUUCGGCCGUUCAUUUAUCACGCCGCCGUCACGCAGUUCCGCGUAAUGCUUGUAAUUUUCAGCGGUUGGUUGUUUUGGUCUGCGUUCAGCUUCAGUCUACGUUUUUCAGCUUCUGGAAUGAACUUGAAAGCUUAUUCAAUUGCAUCUUCCAUUUUAAUUACAUUCACACUGUUCCAAACAAUAUUUGUCUAUUUUAAACUCUACAAGGCUUCUCGAAUCAAAGACCAUUCGCACAGUCAAGCCAGCCAAAACAGUAGCUACCCCAACAGACCGAGAUCUUUAGGGGUCGCUGAGGCUAAAGCAACCAAAACAAUUAUAAUCAUAACAGGAUCAUUUUUUCUUUGUUUCGCGCCAACUCUGUGUGUUUCCUUAGUGCACCAACUUGCUUACGUAAGAGAAGACGUCAUAUUACACGUGGUUUAUCCGCUGGCAGAGAGUGCGCUGUUUCUAACAGCCCUUGUCAACCCUGUCAUUUAUGUGUGGCGAAAUGCUUUGGUAAAAGAGAGCUUAAAAGAGCUUUUCAAGGCUCAUUAAUAAUUAUUCUUUAAGCAGAAGUAUUUUUUCUACAGGCAUUUAGAGAACAAAGGAACAAUUCUCUAGUCAAUGGUUAUGAUAUUUGACCGUCUGAAAUAGUGUUGAAGUCUCUUAACUAGAGGCACCAGAUCACCAUGAAAAUAUGCUGACCGUCUUUUCCUCUUAAUAUUUCACUUGUGAGAACAUAUUGAAACCUGUAAGCAACAGGAAUAAUAUUCGAUCAUGACUUUGAUUGAAAUAAACUAUUAAAUCAUUCGCCUAAAUUUUAUCAACAUCCAAGCAUAAAUGUGUACACUGAAGACUGCAGAUAAAAAUAUAAAAUCUGCAAUUUUAACAGAAAUAAGAUAUAGUUUCUCAGUUACUCUUUA